GCUUCUUCCUCCGCUGCCCUUGGGCCUCGGCUUUUUCUCGGCCCUGCGCGCAGCGGCGGCCCGGCCUCCUUUUGGGCCCGCCUCCGACGGACGUCACUUCCUGUCCGAGUGUUUCCGGGUCGCCGCUGGCUCGGGAGUACUGGUCUCGGUCCCCUACAGCCGGCUGGAGCGGAGGAGCCCAGCCGGGCUCGGCUCUGGGGGCUGCCGCGGCUCCUCCUUGCUACGCUCGGCCGGGGCGUCUUCCGCCGCAGUGCCGAGAGCACUCCGCUGGUCCAGGGGGGCAUUAUGUCAGAGCUUUCAGCGAUGGCCCUGCUUCCGACCCACGAGCCAUGGAGGAGAUAAGGUAGCCCCCGUCCCCGGAUCGGAUGGGGAAGCCCAGUUCAAUGGAUACAAAAUAUAAGGAUGACUUAUUUCGGAAGUAUGUGCAGUUCCACGAGGGCAAAGUGGACACCACCCCCAGCAAGCAGCGGCCUGGCAGUGAUGAGUCCCUGCGGGUGGCGGCCUCCACCUUGCUCAGCCUGCACAAGGUGGACCCCUUCUACCGGUUCCGGCUGAUCCAGUUCUACGAGGUGGUGGAGAGCUCCCUGCGCACGCUGAGUGCCUCCAGCCUGCGGGCUCUGCACUGUGCCUUCAGCGUGCUGGAGACGGUGGGCGUCAACCUCUUCCUCUACCCAUGGAAGAAGGAAUUCAGAAGCAUCAAGACCUACACGGGCCCCUUCGUUUAUUACGUCAAGUCCACGUUACUGGAAGAGGACAUCCGAACCAUCCUGAAUUACAUGGGCUACGUGCCCGAGUUGGGGACUGCAUACAAGCUCAAAGAAUUCGUGGAGACCGUCCAGGUGAAGAUGGUCUCCUUUGAACUCUUUCUGGCCAAGGUGGAGUGUGAGCAGAUGCUGGAAAUCCACUCACAAGUCAAGGACAAGGGCUAUUCUGAGCUGGACGUGGUGAACGAGCGCAAGAGCAGCGCCGAGGACGUGCGCGGCUGCUCGGACGCCCUGCGGCGGCGGGCUGAGGGCCGGGAGCAUCUCACAGCCUCGAUGGCCCGCGUGGCUCUCCAGAAGUCGGCCAGCGAGCGGGCAGCCAAGGACUACUACAAGCCGCGCGUGACCAAGCCCUCGAGGUCCGUGGACGCCUACGACAGCUACUGGGAGAGCCGGAAGCCGCCCCUGAAGACCUCGUUGAGUCUGCGGAAGGAGCCCGUGGCCGCAGACGUGGGGGACGACCUCAAGGACGAGAUCAUCCGCCCGUCCGCCUCGCUCCUGACCAUGUCCAGCUCCCCCCAUGGCAGCCCGGAUGAUCUUCCAUCCUCCUCCCCUAGCAAUGGCCUUGGCCUGCUGCGCGGAACGUACUUCUCCACUCAGGAUGACGUGGAUCUGUACACAGACUCGGAACCCAGGGCCACGUACCGGAGGCAGGAUGCGGGGCGGCCGGAUGUAUGGCUGGUCAGAAACGAUUCCCACCCCCUCUACCAUAAGCGCUCACCCCCCGCCAAAGAGUCCGCCGUAUCCAAGUGCCAAAACUGCGGCCUGUCCUGCAGUUCCUCCAUCUGCCAGCGCUGCGACAGCCUGCUUGCCUGUUCCCCGGCCUCCAAGGCCAGCGCCUUCCCCAGCAAGGUCCCCACCCAUGACAGCCUGGCCCAAGGAUCGGCUCUGAGGGAGAAGUAUGCAGGCCACGCUCAGGGCGUCGACCGGCUGGCGCACCUCCACUCCAAAUCCAAGCCCUCGGGCACAGCCAGCUCCCGCUGUGGCUUCUGUAAUCGCCCGGGUGCCACCAACACCUGCACCCAGUGUUCAAAAGUUUCCUGCGAUGCCUGCCUCGUGGCCUAUCAUUACGACCCCUGCUGCAAAAAGAGUGAGCUGCACAAGUUCAUGCCCAACACCCAGCUGAACUACAAGGCCACCCAGUACUCUCAUCUGGUGUACAGAUAGACUGGACCGUGCACCUCCCUGCUCCAAGGGCUACACCACUGACCUUUCUGGUGUCAUGGGAAGAAGUGUUCGUUCACACAUUCGUCUGGGAAGCAGAAACCUGCACUUGACCAUGUCGCUGCCAGGGAUUGUGGGUCGGCUGCACCACGUGGGAGUUCACUUAGUGACUCAGUUCUUUCAUCCGAUGGCUGCUUUGUCACCUGAGAAGGGAGAGGGUGGCACUUCCGUUCAGAUUCAUUUUUGCUAAUCUCUCCACUCCCUCUUCCGUUGGUUUUUGUUAUUUUAAAAGAGGAUUUCUAGCUCUGGGACUCUUGCCACACCUCCCCCUCCCACCGCCAAGCCACCUUGGACUAGGAAGGGCCCUCCAGGUCACCUCCACAUGCCCACCUGGGGCGGCGAGCUUGAGGCCUGUUGGCUUGUGAAAUGAGCCCUCCUGCCACACUGGGCCUCUCCCAGGGGCUCAGCCCUUCGCUGCCCGCGCCCCAAAUACAAGGAUCCCUUCCUGGACUCCCUGCCCCUGACUUCCCUGCUCUCUAGGUUUCACAGCUGAACUGAGUCCAAUAUGAGCUGAAGGUCAUCCCGUUGCCACCACCGCUCAGUUCAGCCCAGAUUGUUUGUGAACUUUGCCCCCGCGCAUUGAAGUGUGGACCUUCCACAGCAGGUCUGACGUCCCCCUUUCUGUUGUUUGCACACGCCCCUCUUACUGUACUGUAAAUAGAUAUUUUUGAGAUUUAUUUUUAAAUAAAUAUUCAACUUGCUGUGUGUUUCAAAGUGGUUAAAGACAUUAUGUAGCUAUUUAUAAAAAUGCCCCGGGUCCUUUAGUCUUCCAGGGGAGGGGCUCGUGCCCUCCCACGUCGUGGCCUCUACUCGCCCCAGCCCGAGGAGAGAGCGGAGAGUGUGGGGGCAGAGGAUCUGCGUUGGUGGAGAGUCACUGUCUUCCCUACAAUAAAUCUCUAUACACCUACCUCCAGUGUGCACUUCGGGGGAUAGUGCGGCCCGAGAGGUCUGUGCACCUCGCGACGAGUCAGGAACCUCAGCUGUGGAUCCACACCCGGUCUUUGCCACUUGCCGAGUGUGAACCUUGCACUCCAAACUUCUUGAGUCUCGUUUCAGAAGGAAACUCGUUGGGGAUUCCCAUCUCAGUCCUCUUCUCUUCGCCUGUUUCCGGGACUCUGCAACAUUUGCGAUCUUUUUGCACUAAAGGUGGGCAGGAGUUGGCGUGUGCCCAUCAGACAGAUGUCGCCUGAGAUUGUCAGCUGAGCCUAAGCGCUUCCAAACCCGAAGGCCCCCAUGACUCCUCAUGUGAAUGACUGAGCCCUGGAUUUUCCUUUUGGGGUGCAGAGCAGGAGUGGGGCAAGAGUUUGAAAAUAAAACCGCUUCCUUGUGAACUAAUAAUAUAUUUUAGCCAUAAGUGUUUGUGAUGUACAGAAUGUUACGGGAAUUUACAUGCGGCAGGUUUUCCGGUCGGUGGAAGGAAGUAUUCAGCUCUUGAACAAAUUGAAAUCUAGCUGAAUCCUGAGGCCACUGUGAGUUUGCUGAUGUUCUUCCAACUCAGUUGAGUGAUUUUAAGGUUUUUCAAAUCUUCUAUGGCUCUUUUUUUAUAUAUCAAGUAGAUCCCUGUAGAUACCCAACGUGUGUGUACAGCUAAAUUUCAGCUGACUUUGUUACUGAGACCACCCAUUCUGGGCAUUCAUCUUUGAUGUUCUUCCUUUUCACGUUUCAGAAGUGUCAAUGCCUGUCCCUCCUGAGAGCUCUAGUUUUCUAGCUUUCCAUUUCCAGAUCGCUCCAGCACUAUUGUAACCCUUUUAACCAACUGUGAUGCCACGUAACUUAUACAUAGUGGAUGAAAGCAGGAACGACUGACUCGUCCUAGGAGAGAAAGUCCAGUGUACGCAUCAUCAAGGAAAUACCGUGUCAUAGGCUGGAAAAGGAAGUGCUCUGACCAUGCUCCACCUCGGUGUGUAUCGUACUGUAUCAGGUUGCUGUGACUGAGAUAAAUGUAUGCUAAUUUAAAAGUGAAGAUGUUUUGCAUUUGAUUUCUACCAAGAGUUGAAAUGUUGAGAGAUGAUUUAAAAAAUUAUAAUAAAGUGUCUUCCAUUAUUA